AUGAAGCACCAAGAAUUUUACAAGGCAGGGGGUACUUUAAUGGAAACAUAUUGUCGCACCUUAUUGAUGAAUAAGAUUUUGUCCAAAUCAGAUACCCUCGAAAGGUUCCACGACGAACAUGUUUCCGAAUACAAUGAAGAUAUGGGUAGACCAACACCAACAGAGCUAGAGGAAAUGUCUAUGCUUCGUGAAAGUAGAAUGUUUGACAAGUAUCUUGAAGAAGUGACUAGAAACCGAAGACUCUUUAUCACUUCAGACGGAUAUAUUGGGUGGGGCCACCAACAGGUAGAGAAAUGUGAUAAACUGUAUAUUUUGCAUGGGUCACCGGUGCCUUUUGUUUUGAGACCAUGUGGUGAUUUUUGGAUUGUGGUUGGUCAAUGUUAUGCACAUGGUCUUAUGAACGGGGAGAUUGGAAAGGCUUUGGAGCGUGAGGAAGUGACCUCACAGAUGUUUGAGGUUAGAUGA